GUUUAGAUCGCCAUGGCUACAACAAAAACGGCUACCAUCGUGCGACAGGAUUUGACAGGAAGGGAUUCAAUGAUUUUGGUGAAUUUGACGGAAUUAUUGACUUUGGGGAAAAUGGCUUUGACACCGAAGGUUUUGACAGGUUUUGAUUGCCAUGGAAAUGACGUGCAUAACUUGAAUCAUGAUGGGACAGUAGCAGGCUUUAUUUAUGAGUGUCGUGCCAUGACGUAUGCGAACUGCCAGAGAGUGGAAGAGAGUGAUUAUUAUGGGAUGGCUGAAGUUGUAAAAUGGACUCCAGGAAAGCGUUGCCAUGAGAUACACUGUGAGGAGUCAUGUGGAUGCUAUCUCGGCGGUCAGUCUUACAGUCUUGGGGAAGAGUUCACUACAAAUUGUCAAACGUGUAAAUGUAAUUGGGACGGUUCGCUGGAAUGCACAUGUACACACAUUACAACUAGACAAUCCAUCCAUACUAUUCCUUAUGAGGAACUUAUGAAAUAUCAAAAUGCAAUUAAAACAUUAGCUGCUAAUGUUACAUCAAAUAAAUGGC